ACGUGCUAAAACAAGAAGCUUGAACCCCUGCCAACCCUAAAACCCUAAUCUAAUCUCCCUGUCAAGCCAGUCAUCCUUGCCCCCCAUUUCUUCUUCAGUCGGCUUCGUCCCCUAGAGCUCAUAUGUAUGAUAUAACUGUAAGCUCAGUCCUUUCUUGCUUUUAUGGCUAAAACGAGAAGAAAUUAAAAUAAUUUGCACAAUUUUGACGUGCUUACUGUUUGUUUUUUCAAUUUGAUUUCGGACAAGUUUUUGCCGUUUUAGAAUGUAAACAGUUUAAUAUCGGCUGAGUUGCACCGAUUCACACUCGAAUAAUUGCUUAGUUGAUUCUAUUAUUGGCGUCGUUUGUUGUUCCGUUUGUCACUGCCGAAUACAGUUCUGCACGAGCUGAUUGGCUUAUUUGCUGCUUCAGCUAGGAACUUUUUCCCCAGAAAACCCCUCUUCUGCACCCGCCCGCUUUGCACAGCUCUUGUUUUCAAUGGAGUUUCGUAGCCCUCCAAUGGAGGUGACAAGGUGAUGAAAGAUGUUUUUCAUUUCCUGCAGUUUGUGCUGUGAAUUCUUAACAGUUUGGUAGGGUUUGGAAUCAAAGAAAAUGGAAGUAUGUGAAUCCAUUGAUGAUCUUCCAGUGCAAGAUCCCUCUGGGGAAGACUUCUCUUCUGCCGAUUUGGACUGGAUCAGUCUUAGAAGUGUAGAUCGCUGUGAUGAUGUAGCCCUUAUCCCUUAUGAUCGGGUUGAUGCCUUUAUCAUUGGAGAGUGUUCUAAUGUCGAGUUCCCCACACGGUUUCACAUUGAGAGAGGUAGAAAACGAGCCAAAGGGAGCUUAAAGGAAUACAAAAAUGAUGAGUAUCUGGAAUAUAGAAUGUAUUGGUGUUCUUUUGGACCUGAAAAUUAUGGGGAAGGGGGAGGUAUCUUGCCAAGUAGGAAAUAUCGGCUCAACACUCGAAACCGUGCAGCUAGGCCUCAAUCUAUGCGGGGUUGUACAUGUCAUUUUAUUGUGAAGCGGCUCUAUGCCCGUCCUUCUCUUGCACUUCUCAUAUAUAACGAAAAACGACAUGUUAAUAAAGCUGGUUUUGUAUGCCAUGGACCCCUUGAUCGGGAUGCCAUAGGCCCCAAGGCUAAGAAGAUUCCAUACAUUUGCAGCGAAAUUCAACAACAAACUAUGUCGAUGAUAUAUCUUGGUAUACCUGAAGAGAAUGUUUUAGAAAAACACAUUGAGGGGAUUCAGCGAUAUUGUGGUACUGAUCCCCAGGUGAAUAGCCUCGCUUCUCAAUAUGUGCAGAAGCUUGGCAUGAUUAUCAAACGUUCAACACAUGAGUUGGAUCUUGAUGACCAAGCCAGCAUUCGGUUAUGGGCUGAGCGCAACAAGAAGUCUAUUUUCUUUUACCAAGAUACGUCAAAAACAGAUCCUUUUAUUUUGGGAAUACAGACAGAGUGGCAGUUGCAGCAAAUGGUCCGUUUUGGCCAUCGAAAUAUUGUAGCAGCUGAUUCAACUUUUGGGAUUAAGAGCCUGAAGUACCCGUUUCGAACAAUUCUUGUAUUCGACUCAAGGCAACAUGCACUCCCUGUUGCUUGGAUCAUUACUCGCAGUGUUGCAAAACAUGAUGUUGCAAAAUGGAUGAAAGCCCUUCUUGAUCGAGCUCGUUCAGUUGAACCUGGCUGGAAAUGCAGUGGGUUUUUAGUUGAUGAUGCUGCAGCAGAGAUUGAACCCAUAAGGGAGAUAUUUUCUUGCCCGAUACUUUUUUCUCUAUGGCGUGUUCGAAGAUCAUGGCUAAGACACAUUGUUAAGAGGUGUGCUAACAUUGAAGUUCAAAGGGAGAUGUUUAAACGCCUUGGCCAAAUUGCAUACAGCAUUUGGGGCGGAGCAGAUCUAUACUCUGCUUUGGAAGAUUUUUUUCUGGAUUUUGUCGAUCAGACAUCGUUCAUGCAAUACUUCAAGGAUUCUUGGGUGCCAAAGAUUGAGAUGUGGUUUACAUCAAUGAAGACUCUUCCGCUUGCAAGCCAGGAGUCCUCUGGCGCCAUCGAAGCAUAUCAUGUGAAGCUGAAAUCUAAAUUGUAUGAUGAUACACACCUUGGUUCACUACAGAGAGUUGACUGGUUAGUACAUAAGUUGACAACCGAGUUGCAUUCAAGCUACUGGCUCGACAGAUAUGCUGAUGAAAGUGAUUCCUUUCGAAAUGUGAAGGAGGAAUACAUUGCUUCCACUUCGUGGCACCGAGCUCUUCAAAUCUCAGAUAAUUCUGUUUCUUAUGAUGACAAGGACCAUCUAUUUGCCGAAGUCAUCAGUCAGAAUGACAGCAAUCUAAAACAUGUGGUUUGGAAUCCUGGUUCGGAAUUUGCACACUGUGAUUGCAAGUGGUCAUUGGAAGGAAAUCUGUGCAAGCACGUAAUUAAGGUCAACAUGAUAUGCCAGAAUCGAGAAUCCUACCCAUCUUCCUUGUCAUUUCAAUCACUCAAAAAUGUCCUAGUAGAUCUUUGGGGAAAACCAAUGGAUGAUUCAAUUGAUAUGGACAUCUCCUCUGCUUGGGCACACCAAAUGGUUGAGCAAGUUCAGAAGCUCGUUGAAUUGAAUAAUUCUGAUGAUAUCAACCGUGUUAUAAAUAAUAUGCCACUAAAUUGGUCGGCUAAAAAGGCAAGAACGGUGUGUGGCAGGCAGUUAUCAUCCCUAUAUCCUUCACCUUGCACCAUGAACAGCCCAAACAACUCUACUGCUCGUAGAAAAAAUAGGAAGAGGAAAAGGUUGUCUAGUUUGAGAUGAUAUUCUUACAUCAAAACUUUUUUAACGGGAGAGUUUUACAUCCUAUCUUGGAUACACUUAUACCUGGAAGGUUAUUGUAAUUGGUAUCUCGUGCUCGGACAUUGUGUGAUUGAAUGAGACGCUGUAAAUUCAAGCUGGGAACCGUAUACAUCCCUGAAUGACACAGCACCUUUGCCUAUUACCCGAGUCAUAUCCCAGAGGUACAUGGUCAGUUUCUAAAGGUUUAUCAUGCUACAUCGAUCGAGUGUUUCUGGGCCUGGAUGACAUGCCAUACGCAGGUGUUACUUCAUCUUGGGCCAUUUUGAUGUGUCAAUCCAAUUUUGUUGCAUAAGAUAAGAAAAUAGAGGCUGUCUGCCGGAAACUUGAUUUUAUUUCUUCUCAAUAGCGUUUGCAGACAGGAUUUUCUUAGUUAAUACAGCUGCCAAUAAUAUUUGAACUAUAGUUUCCCUUGAAUAUAUUGAUUUAUUCCUUAUUGUUGUUGAACUGGUAUAUGCAUAUUUAUAAUACUCUUUUCUUUUUGUUUUUAA